AUGGUGCAAACACGAGCCAACACCGAUCCGGAACAAGUCUACGCGGAGUUCUUCCGUAAAUGUAAAGAAGAAAAGGUGUUGGACAUGACCCUGUUUCAACUCAUACCUUUGAAGCUGCUAGAAACCCGUGCGCAAGAAAAGAAGAUUGCACUGGAGGACCUGAUUGAGGUUCGCGACAAGUAUUUGGACGGUUGUCACCCUGAUUGGGUGAAGAAAUUCAAGACACUUGUAAGCGAACUAAACAAGAAGGCAAUUCCGCAACUCGACCUGACUCCACUACUAACCACAAGAGAGUUCAGGGAUGCACAACGGGCUGGACCACCAACAUUUUCUAAGCAAAACUCAACGUCGACGCCAUCUAAGUCGUACAUACCACCACCGAUGCCGAGACCCACGAGGCAACCCGACCGAAGCUUAGAGGAAGUCAUGAGAGGCGACUCCUCUGUAUACAGCAGCUUAGACUCUGGACCCCGGCACAGACGAGACGACGAACAACGAUAUGGCUUUGAGGCGGUUGAGGACAUUGAAAGCUUAAUGUUUGAUCCGAUGUCCCUGAUAGCACAGUUGAAACAAAAGAAGACCACCAUACCGAAACUAUUUGAAAUGAAGCUGCGAAUUGUGUCGCAAGCCAUAUACCACCCUUCAAUCGAAAACUCCGAGCUACUGAUCGACGCCCUUGACACUAUACGCAACGAAGGGGUCAUAUCGCAGCGGCAAAGAGACCGACUUUUAAUAUCCAUCAUCGCGUACGGUAAAGACGCUACAGUUAAACGAAUGGAAGCCGGUACUCUAGAUAGACCACUAAAUAUCUAUGCGAAGAGUUUGAGAAAGAAACCGGGCGAUACUAAAGCUCAAAAGAAGCCUGAGCAGAAGGGAAAUGGCGGCAACCAGCAGCAGGCGUAUAAGGGCAAGAAAACAUACCAGAAUAAGAAUAGACGCAACAGUUAUAAACCGACAGAGACGACCAAUAACUGGACAGAUACGACGAAAUAG